AUGUCAGAACACGAAGAAAAACCGGUCGAACAACAAAUUGAAGAGUCCCAACCGGCUCCCACGGACGCUGCGACUACAGAGCAGCCGCAAGCGGCACCUGCAGUGGAAACGACAACUGCUGACGACGUCACGGACGCCGAACAAGCCUCUGUGAAGCCCGCUAACGCUACUAAGGGCGGACGUGAAACCUCGGACAGAAUCCUGUACGUGGGCAAUUUGGACUUGUCUGUGAGUGAAGAAAUGCUUAAACAGUAUUUCCAGGUGGGCGGGCCUGUGGCAAAUGUCAAGAUCUUGAUGGACAAGAACAAUCAGCACGCCAAUUACGCCUUUGUCGAGUUUUUCAAGCCUCACGACGCUAACGUCGCGUUUUUGACAUUAGACGGUAAACAGAUCGAAAACAACGUGGUCAAGAUCAAUUGGGCGUUCCAAUCGCAGCAGGUCUCCGCAGAAGACGCGUACAAUCUUUUUGUCGGCGACUUGAGUGUAGACGUCGACGACGAAACGCUUGCGGGCACAUUCCGCGAGUAUCCAUCAUUUGUCCAAGCACAUGUCAUGUGGGACAUGCAAACAGGUCGUUCCAGAGGUUACGGCUUCGUGUCAUUUGGAGAACAGGAACAAGCCCAGAGCGCCAUGGAGACCAAGCAAGGAUUUGUACUGAACGGUAGAGCUCUUAGAAUCAACUGGGCCUCCAAACGUGACAACACUCAAAAUAAUAACAGCCAUCACAGCAAUGGUGGUAACAUGAGAGGCCCGCGUCGUGGUGGUUUCCGUGGUCAAAACAGCAACAACCAAUUUAGACCUAUGAUGGGCCCCUCCAUGGGGAUGCCACCUCAGGGAGCUCCUAUCCCCGGCAUGGGCAUGCCGCCAGCCCAAGCGGGUGGUCCUCAGGUCCCGCAGAUGCAGGCUCCAAUGGUGCCACCUCAAGUGAAUCCUCAAGCAGUUGACACAAUGAUCAGAAGCGCACCACCAAGGAUAACAACCGUUUACAUUGGAAACAUACCUCAUUUCGCCACGGAACCGGAUUUAAUCCCACUUUUGCAAAACUUUGGUUUCAUUGUAGAUUUCAAGCACUAUCCAGACAGAGGUUGCUGCUUUGUGAAAUACGGCACCCACGAACAAGCUGCGGUUUGCAUUGUUGCCCUGGGGAACUUCCCUUUCCAAGGCAGAAACUUGAGAACAGGCUGGGGCAAAGAAAAGCCAACUUUUUUCCCACAGACCAAAUCCGGUCCUAUGAUCAAUUCCAUGCCCGGAAUUCCUGUUCAAGAGCCUCAACCCAUUCUUCAGCAACCAUCUGAACAACCCGAAGAGUCAAACUAA